AUGGGUUUGAAAAUCACGGGGCUAGAACCGUUAAACCCAUUCCCCAUGGAUUUUUUCUCACUAAGCACAACUAACGUAAGCUUCUCUAAGCAAUUGAUGCAUUAAAAACGUUUUCUCUCGCGUUACACGUGCAGGGUAAAAUUUCCCGCAAAUGACGAUUUUCCAGGGACGAAGUUGGUCAUCUUUGAAGCUUCAUAAAAACCGCUGUGUCAAGCCCUACUAUACAAAACAUAUAUCAAUAGAUAGCGUUUUGAAUGCUCUUUCAGAGGAUCUCAAAAGAAAUUUUUAAACCUUACUGCAACCUGUAAAAAAUGCAAAACAAAAAAACGGCGGAGUCAUACUUCUAGACCUAAUAAAUAUUCUGAUCUUGUCCUAAAUUGUGAAAAUUGAUUGUCUGGCAAUCUUAAUUAAUAAUUUCCCGGAGUCAUUAUAAAAAUGACAAAGAUCGGUAACUGCCACUUCAUCAAUCAUGCGCUUCGUCCUCUUCAUCCUCUCCCUUGUCGCUUUUGUUUCUGCGGGUUCCAAAAAGGAUACUAUACUUAUCUGCCAAGGAGUUCCAAAAGCAAGCCAAGGAAAAAGGCAAUAAUAAGAAAAAAUUUUAGAAACUUGAAUGUAGCGACGACAUCGCCCACAAAAGGCUCUAGGAAGCGGCAACUGCUGCCGGAUACAAAGUCGGCGCCAAAGGUGUUCAAAAACGCUCUUUAGCCAUCGUCAAAGAUGUAAGUCAAUAUAACAACAAUCAUUGUACCUUUAUUCUCAGGUUGAACGCAUUGGAAAACAGACGGGGGUAAGCGUCGACGAGGACAUCGCCUGUUUCAGAAAAGUGCUCUGCUCCAUGAACUUCAAGGAAAAUCCAUUCCCGUUGUUGAUGAGCAAGACCUUGGAUAUCAUCUUGAACUUGAAGUCAGGGAAGAAAAUCGAACACAACGAAUACGUUAAGCUCUACGACGAAGUCAAACUUUUGACAGACCUUGGCGACGACUUCACGAAGGUCGGAAAGCAAUAAAUAUAAAGUUCUGUUAUACAUCCAUGGCGUUAAUGUAGGGUUUAAUAAAGAUUUGGUUCAGUGACAUGUAGUUUAGUAUUAAAGAGGUGCUUGGUCACUCAAACAAUCAACCGCAUCGAAUAUUUGUUGUCUGUAUAUUAUGAUUGAGCUAGUGGGAAAUCCGCGAUUGUGCCGUCCAAAACAACUUUUCCCACACUGAACGUCGUCAAUUGGGGAACUGAAAAUACGGGAUUGGUCCAUAAUGGGUCGAUGCCACUGCAAGCGUAAAUGGCUCAAAAAAUGCAGAGCAAGAUCCGCCGCGGUCUACUGAGACCGGAAACCCACCCCGCGUUUUAACUGUAACAUUGUUAAGAAUGAUGUAAUAUUGGAAAAUUUGAUUGUAAGCAUAAAAGUGUAAUUUUGUAAGAAUAUCUGUAUAUGACAUUCGAACGGACUCUCGGAUUAUGCCCAUUAUGAUGACAAUCUGCACAUUAUGGACCACCGUUGCCGUAUUUUUCCGUUUCCCCAAUUGUGAAUCUCCGUUCCCACACAUUACCAUCUUCGAUUAUUUGUUAUGCAGUGGAUCUCAUGGGACCUCGUUGACCCCUUGCAAGUUGGGCUUUCACAUCACUGUAAAAGACAAUAAAAUUUAAUUUCAAGCAGAUAUUAAUAUAUGUUUUAUUGCUUCGUGAAUGCUUACUUGGGCUAUUUAAACGGUCAGGCGCCCGACUUCACCAUCAAAAGCGGUGACCUGGCCAAGAUGCGAUUACUACUCUGUCUAGCCAUUGCUGCCAGUGUCGCAGCCGAGUUCGAAAUCGCUGAUUGUGAACUCUGCACCAAGGAUGAUGUCUACGACAAGUUAUUGGCGAUCACCCGAGAUGGUGGAUAUGAUUUUAGCCGUGCCGAUGUGCAAAAGAGAGUUGAUUUCUUGGAUGAUGAGGUGUUGCAGUCUUUCUGUUAUAGCCAAUAAAUUAAAUUUAGGCUCUUCGCCUUGGCAAACGUCACCGAGUUGACGUCCGCCGGGCUGUCCAUUCCGUCCACCGCGCUAUCUGCUCGGUCGACGGCAACGAUCUGAGAGGAGAUUCUUUGCUUCGAGUCAUCAAGAAAAUCAAACUAGUUCGCGAUCUGCUCAGGAAACAUGGAGCAAAUCAACAUGAGCUUACUGUCCUUUACGAAGACAUCUUCCUGCUCAGGACUAUUCAUAAAGUAAGAUUUGCUUUUUCCUAAAAUUUGAAAUCUGUUUGUAGUCGUCCAGUUUUAUGGAAGAGCAAGAAAUCCUUAAAGAAAGCAAACUUGAUCCGUCAGUGGUGCGUAGGGUGCUUGUUUACACAUUUGAAGUUGGCAAAAAGGUCAAUUACAACGCCGUCGAGGAGAUCAGAAGUUUCUAUAGGACCAUCACAAGCAAGACUUCCAGCAAGGACGUGAGUUUUUAAUUUCUCUUAAGCCCAAAUCAGAUAUAUGCAAAGCCGACACAACACUUUUCAGAGCAUUCGUGAAGGCCACAAACUACUCAUAGAAACUUUGAAGAAGCACGGAGUCAAGGAAGAAGAUUUAGGCUACCUGAACGAUGCUUUCGCCAACUUUGCCGGAGGCCAGGUUAGCUGGUCGCAUGAACACAGCGAGACUUAUAGUGUUGUGAAACACAAAAGUGUCAGGCGUCACUAA